AUGGCCGCGUCACUAGCAGCUGUCAAGAAGGAAUUGCGCAACAGGAUUAGGAGCAUUCUCAGAGGACUUCCCGAAGCCGUUGCGGCUGCUCAAUCAUCCAAUGCUACCAAGGCUCUGCUGUCCAUGCCAGAGUACCAGGCUGCACGCACGAUAAGUGUCUACCUAUCUAUGCCAGGCGGUGAAAUAUCCACGAGCGAGAUUGUGCGCAAUGCACUAGACGAGGGCAAGAACGUCUUCAUUCCCUACACGUACACUUUGGACGCGCCCAAACAAGGCCAACCAAAAUCUAUCAUGGACAUGGUAGAGCUACAGUCGAUGAAAGACUUUGAGUCACUGGAAUCUGACAAAUGGGGGAUUCCCACUCCAAGCAAAGAUUCCAUAUCAUCACGUGCAAAUUGCUUUGGCGGUACCGGCAUCACGAAUGGGGAGACCGAAGGUGUGAGUGCUGGUCUCGAUCUGAUCGUCAUGCCGGGUAUGGCUUUCGACUCGCAGUUCGGCCGCCUGGGUCACGGUAAAGGCUUCUACGACUAUUUCUUGACGCGUUGUCACCAAGUUUCGCGCAUGCCUUUUCGCGUUGGCCUCUCGUUAACUGAGCAGUUCCUGCCGCCAAACGAGUCGGUUCCCAUGGAUUCGUCCGAUUUCCGUUUGGACGCUUUGAUCACCGGUGAUGGCGAGCUCCGUCGCGUGGGAGCUUAA